AGCGGCGCUCGGAACCCCGCGCCCGGCCCCGCGUUCCUGCGGCGGCGGCGGGCCUGGCACUGCGCGGCGAGACCGGCCUCCUCCGGAGCGCGCACGCGGGGCUCCGGGCCUCCCGUCCCUUCCCGUUUUUCUUGGCGCUGCCGAAAUUAAGGCCACGGUGGCUGGGGUGGGAGGCGGCGGAGGGCGGAACCGAGGGCCGAGCCGCUGCUUUGUGCUCCCGGUCACCUGCCCCGGGCCCGGCCUGCGAGCUCCCGGUGCAGAUGUUAGGUGGCGGCGGCCCUCCCCUCCCUCUCUGGAGUUCUUUUAACCGCACAGCCUACUGGACGCUCGCCGGCUUUCUUCCAGGCGACGCGAUGUAAACAAACCCAGCCCGGUCGGUGCUGCGGUGAGCUGGUGGCACCUUUCCUAUGCCAGCUCGUCAGCCUCCUCCCUGCAUACCAUCCCCCUCAGCCCGCACGGAUGGAUGUCAUCUGUGCAUCUCUUUCCCGCAGUGCUCUCCCAGUUGUUCGUUCUUUGUUGAACGUCCAUAAGGGUUAAAUAGCGAUGUGACGAGUGUGACGAGCGCCUCACGAUCUCACCCAGAAACCCAAAGGCGUAAUAAGUUGAUGGCAUGUGCUAAAUUGUUAAUAAACAGUCACAAGUUUUCUCACUCUGUCUUUCUGUUCCUCGCUCAAGAUGGCUUUUUCUUUUUUCAUUUUAUGUCUACUUGUAAAGUUUUAUUGAUUAAUUAACCCACGGGUCUUUUGAACUAUGUAAGUUAAAGUUUAAACCUUUUAAAAAUACUGUGGGAAAGAUACUAACGCUCAGUAAGUUUGGAAUUUGGCUGCCAUAACAGUAAUUUUGAACAGGGUACAGAAGGGAACUAGAGACAUAUUCCAACUUCACAUAGGUCUUUACACCAAAGUGUCAAGACAACAGCAGUUUCUAAUUCUGCUGUUCCUGGGCUUUUGAAAUUCAGUAUUGCGGUCUAACAUGGACAGUUAUUGUGUUACAAUUUGUUGUGAAGUUGUUGAAGUUGUUCCUCCUGUACUGCCCAUAUUUACCCCUGGCAGUACAAAUUUGUACUUUUUUGCUCCUUAAUACACAUUAUUUUACAGCUUCAUCUGCUCUUCAAUAUUGUCAUAAAGGUAAUAAUGUGCUUUUUAAAUGGCUGCUCAUAUUUCAGCUAUGAACACAGGUUGAACAGGAAAGUAGGUGAAGAGGCUUAUAGCCCUCUAAGGUGGGGGCCACUCAGACGUCCUGGACUUGUUUGUACUCCAGCUCCACUAGUUAGCGAGGGCUUGGAAGUUUUGUUUUUUUUAACUUCUGCUUUUACAGGGAUUGUUUAUCUUAGGAAAACUCUUUGUAGAGUUGUAGAGUUGAUAGGAAAACAUUAAGUAAAUGAAUGACUUAUUAAAAGUUAUAAAAAUGCUUGGGGGAGGGUGGCUGGAGAGAUGGCUCAGUAGUUAAGAGCACUGACUGCUCUUCCAGAGGACCUGGGUUCAAUUCCCAGCACCCACAUGGCAGCUCACAACUGUCUGAAGAUCCAGAUCCAGGGGAUCUGACACCUUCUCACUAAUGCACAUAAAAUAAAGUUAAAUCAAACAUAAAAAAAUGCUUGGUACUUAACCUCUUUCUUGCCCUCCUUUACCAGAAUAAAGAAAUUGGUUAGGUUAUAUUGAUUUUUGUUUAUCACUCCUUAAUAAACUUAAAUGUAAUUAACAGCCACCUAUUUGGUAAAUUAACCAUUAGGCUGUAAAUUAUAUGAAAUAUGGCUGUUUAGUUUGUUUGAGACUCUAGUUAUUAAAAGUCAGCUUGGUAUUAUGAAAUUAAAUUUUUUUCUUAUUCUCUACUUUAAUUUCUAUAUGGCAGUAUAGAAUGUUUGUGGGAGAUCUGACUUACCAUUGUUAUACAGCCCAAUAAUUUUUAAUGCUCAUCUUUUGCUUAUGUGUGGUUAUGUGCACAAGGGUCCAGGUGCCAGUGGAGGCCAGAAAGGGGUGUCACCUCCUGUGGAGCUGGAGUUACAGGCCUCCUGACAGUGGGUGCUAGCAUCCAAGCUGAGGUCUUCUGGACAAGCAGUACGUGCUUAACCACUGAGACAUUGCUUCAGCCUCUUCCAACUGUCCAAGGAGGGCAUUCCUCAGUUCUUUUAUUCUUGUCAAGAAUCAAAAGCUCUCAUAUUGGCGUUACUUGAGAUUAAAAGAUUGAGUGUAAUGACUAAAUUCAGAGUUUGUUACAGGAAAAAGCAUUUGUACACUAACUGUUGAGUUUCCUGUUGUUACUUGAUGGUUUUGUUUAGAAAUGAUUUUUAAAUAGAUUCUAUUGAUCUUGAAUUAUGGUGACUUUGUUGGGAGGGGAGGGAUGUUUGAUACAAACACUUAAGUUGAGAGUUUUGUUUUAUUUUUGUAGCAAAUUCAUUUUCUUUUUUCAGGACAGAACAACUUUGGAAUCUGGUUCCCCAACAGAGUUGGAAGCAUGGGAACUGUAUUCACAUUUCUUUCUCGGACUCAGAUCAGGUCACUUAAACUGUGAAGUGAGCUUAUAUGUUAAUUGAUGUUGUGUUGUAGAAUUUGAACAACUGAGAUUCUCUAAUGAAAGUGAUGUCAAGCCAAACUAAUGAAAUAUUUAAAAACAAAACGAAAAAUAAUUAUUUUUAGGAAAUACAGUGACUUUAUAGAUGAACAAGGCACUAGAAGCAUUGAUUUAGAAUUCUAGUAUUAUGAGGUUUAAAAAUGGAAAAGGAUCUGAUAUAGCUUAUUCUGAAUUCUCUGUCCUCAAUUUAGUCUUGUAGAUGAGAUGGCUCGGGGCAGAGGCAUGUGCCUGAUGGCUUGAGUUUGAUCCCACAAGGUGAAAAGAGCAAACUGAUCUCUAAAAUUGUCCUUACUUUUCUACUUGUACAUGCUAUCACUCUCUCUCUCAGACACACACACACAUACAUACACACACAUACAUACACACACAUACACACACACACACACACACACACAGAGAGAGAGAGAGAGAGAGAGAGAGAGAGAGAGAGAAAUACAUUCAGCCUGUAGUAGGCUUGGAGCUUACUGAUCUCACCCUCAUUUUACUGACAAACUGAUGUCCAGUGAGGUUGUUUGACUUGAACUAGGAUUGCCUUUUAAGUUAGUAAAGUUAGAUUUAGAGUAAUCAUCUAAUUCCCAUCUUAUCAUUGAUUAAAAAAAUAAGUUUUGAAAUACUUUAAUCCCAAACUAUUUUACAUAUAUAUGCUUAAUUUUGUGUAUACCUGUGUAUCUUUGUGGAGAUCUGUGCACCUUUGUGCACCUGAGGGCAGAAAAGGGCAUCAGAUCUGGAACUGGAGUUGCAGGCAGUGGUGGCCACCCAGGACAGGUGCUGGGAAGAAUGCUAGUGUGUGUCUUAACCAUGGGGCUAUCCUGUCCCCCAAAUUUUGAAUAUAAAAUAUUUUAGCAAAGAUUUAGUGUCACUUAUUCCUGCUCAGAGAAUCAUUCCAUCUAGUAUCCCGCUUGUCUAUAGAAACUAGCUCAACUUAGAAAUCUUCAGAUGACUUUUGUAUCUAAGAACUGUAUGACCUCCGUAAAUUGUUUUUAUUCUGCCCAUCUGUUUCACUGGCAGUAAAAUCCUGACUUACCAUGGAUUUAUAUGCCUCGUUUCAGGAAAGAGAAGAAAAAUGUUUGGAACUGUUCAGCCAGACUCCUUAGGACCUUCUAAAAGGAAUGAAGGAACCUCUAAAUCCAAUUCUCAGUCUGAAACUUCAUCCUCUCCCCCACUGCAACAUACAGGAUUAAUAAAGAAUUUUGCAGUAUUAUAGCAAACCUGUUGCCACAGGAACUAUAAAAGAAGCAAAUUGGAGAGGGUAGUUCUAUUGUUAGCUUACAGAGCUUUAUGGCUUUAAGCAAAUAAUUUAAGAUCCCCUCUAAUUUUCAGAAUAUCUUCUAUUAACCUGUUUGCAUUUUCUGUAAUGCAAAUUGCUGAUGCUACUGUCUUAAGGCAGUCUUUCUGAUACUAAAACCCCAGCAGGUGCUCCAAAUGAUACAUUUUCAUGAAGAGCUGUGGGCAGUAACUAGUAUGAGUUACUGAUACUUUAGGAGAGUGCUAGUAGACAAUUGAAUUCUGUGUCCACUUGAAAAAGUUUCUCAGUUGUUACUUUUUCUGAUUCUUUCUGUCCAUGGUUUUUUAGUAGUGCCUUUACCAAGGAAAAUAUAGAGUUGGGGGGAAGUCGAUUAACUUCAUUGUUAAAGUGAAAUUUAAAGAAUUUUUGCAGUUACUUAACAGUGUCUGACUUGCUAUACAUAGUCAACUUUCCUGGGUUUUUAUGUCUUGAUAUUUAACCAAUCAGGAGAAUAACACAUUUAUCUGUGCUAAUGGUUUAAUUGAAGGUUAGUAUACCAUGCCCAAAGUCAUGAUUGUUCUCUAGAAUCACCUUUUUUACACAUCUUCUGUUUUUGAAAACGUAAAAAAAAAAUACUUUGAGCAUAUUCACCUAAGUCCUCCCAGAUCCCUUUGUACCUCCCUACCCACCCAACUUUGUGUUUCUGUUUUACUGAUUAAUAUAGAAAUCUGCUAUUUAGUAUCUACUCAUGUCAUUUACUCUUUACCAUUAAUCCUAUGUACUCUACAUUUGAAAUAUUUCAAAUAGGUAUAUUUCCUUCUGAUUCUUAGACUAGUAUCACGUCACAUUUAUUUGACUGUUACCAUAGUCUCCUAACUACUUUUCAUAUUUUUCCCCUAUUCAUUUUGCCUGCAAUCAUAAAAAAUCAUAUUUGUUACUUUCCUAUUUGUGUUCUGUUGAAAAACAUAGUGACCUUCUGCUCCAUAUGGAAUAAAGGUAAAAUUUCUCAGCAUGUCUUAAGGACUCUGUAUUCUCUCUGUACAAAUUUAGCCUCCUAGUACAUUAUAACCAGUUUCAUUAAAGUCAAGUCUUUGCUCAUUUUCAGCUUCAUUGUUUAUGCUGCUCAUUCAGUGUGCUCAGGGCUUGUCUUUCAAAUUCAAGUUCUCUCUAAGAUUCUGUGCACUGAUAUUUCACUUCUACUUUGUAUAUUUCCAAAACAUUUUUAUUAUCAUUCCUUUGGGAAAACAGCAAUUGCUGUUCGGGGCAUUUAUGUAACAAAGCACAGAUAUCCUGCUGUCCUAAUAUAUAGUGUAGUAUCCAAAGAUAAUAGGAUAAACACUCGGGAAGUAUGUAUUUAAUUGAAUGAAUGCCUUGCAUUUAUUGAGGCAUAGUUAUUUAACUGGGUUUCCUUCCUUUGAUUUCAAAUCAAGUUCAUCCUGGUAACAAGUUACCAGUUAAAUGGAUAAACUUUUAAGUUAACAGCGGGUGCAAUGAAUGAGGAAAAACAUUUAGUAGAUGUUGUUUUUGCUAUAAAAUAGAAUUGGUUGAACUUUUAAUUUUCAUUGCCACGAUUAAUUAUAUGGUGGUAGCUGAAUUUGUAUAGAAAUUUGGGAAUAGAUACAGAAGAGUAGACAUAGGAAAGGAUACAGCAGAUUCUCCAAACUGCUCUGUGUUACUGCACUACCGUCAAUAGCAAUGUCCCUUUCUGCAUUUCUCUUUCCGCCUGUCUUACUGGUGAAGAGAAAGUCCCAGACAUCAUCUGUGUCCUGGGGGAAAGGAAGGGACUCAGUGCCAGUCGUCAGCACUUCAGUUCUUCUGGUCACUGCCUUGAGAAUUUUUACAAACUCAGCCAUUGAUCAAGACACAUAGCUUUGACUGUGUUUUAACAUUUAUUUAUGGCACCUGUUUCUACUUACUGUGCCAUGUAGGCUGUAAUUAUUGGCAGCAUCUUAUUUUUUACAUUAUUGCUUUGUGAGUAUUAGAAGAAGCCAUACAAAUGAAGGAAACCAUAUAAAAUAGUGACUGUACUGGAAAACAGCCUAGUGAUCUGUAAUUGAAGGAAACCAUAUAGGGCGGUUUGUACUUAGAAAAUGUUGUGAAGAGUGUUCAGUUUUUCUUUUGAAUGUUAGCAGAUCUGCUCCACAGAUGUGCACAUUACUCUGUAGAGCUUGAAUUUCUCAAGUACAUAAGCACACUAAAUUAAUAUUCCUAUGUUGCAGGAAGUUGAUGAGCCGUCAAAAGAAGAGAAGGCUGUAGUCAAGUAUCUUCGAUUCAACUGUCCAACAAAGUCCACCAAUAUGAUGGGUCAUCGAGUUGAUUAUUUUAUUGCUUCAAAAGCAGUGGAUUGCCUCUUGGAUUCAAAAUGGACAAAGGCCAAGAAAGGAGAGGAGGCUUUAUUUACAACCAGGGAGUCUGUGGUUGACUACUGCAACAGGCUUUUAAAGAAACAGUUUUUUCAUCGGGCCCUGAAAGUAAUGAAAAUGAAGUAUGAUAAAGACAUAAAAAAAGAAAAAAGAUAAAGGAAAAUUUCUGAAAGUGGGAAAGAAGAUAAAAAGAGCAAGAAAGAAAAUAUAAAAGAAGAAAAGACAAAAACGGAAGAAGAGAAAAAGAAAGAUUGUGAAAAGGAGGAGUCCAAAAAGGAGGAAACUCCAGGAACUCCAAAAAAGAAGGAAACUAAGAAAAAAUUCACACUUGAGCCACAUGAUGAUCAAGUUUUUCUGGAUGGAGAUGAGGUGGCAGAAGACCAGAAAAACCGCUGCCCUGGGGACCUUACUGAGUCCGUCUCCAGGGACCAGAAGGAGCACCUCUCCGGGGACCCGAUGGUCUCCUCCCUGGAGUCCCAGCUGGUGUACCUCCCCAGAGACCUGAUGGGCUCUGCCACAGAGGACCAGCUGGAGUCCAUCCCCGGGGACACAAUGGACUGCACCCUGGAGGUCCAGCUGGAGUCCAUCCUGGUGGACUCGAUGGACCCUGCCCCCGGGGACCUGACUGAGUCCUUCCCUGGGGACCCAGUAGACUCCGCCCUGCAGGACCAGCUGGAGGACCAGAAGGACUCAGUCCCCGGGGACCCUAAGAUCUUAGACUUCGGGCAUCUGGAUGAAGUGGUCAAAGACCUGAUCACUUCCUUUCAGAACGGGGACCGCGAGUAUCUCAUCGCCUUCCUGAGCACCUACCCUGCGCAUACCACCAUCGAACAGGUGCUGGAUGUCAUCUUCAGGCGGUAUGCACGCUUCCGCCCCGGCUGCCAGGAGGAUGAGCGGCUCAAGAACACCAUCUGCACCCUCCUGGACAUGUGGACGAGUGUCUUCCCUGGGGACUUUGCCACAACAUCGGGCAUGUCCGCACUGAAGAGGGUAAAAACCUACCUGAUCAUCCACUUUCCGUACUCGGACGUCCUCAUACGUGUGCACGAGCUCCUUACGAGACUGCUCUCAGAAACUUCGGAGGAGAGCGAUUAACAACAAGCCAGAGUCAUCACCCGAAGCAGGAGCGCUGCGAUCUUCAUCCUGAGUCACCGGCCGUGAUUCUGUUGUCGUUACCAGAGUCAUCACCCGAAGCAGGAGCGCUGCGAUCUUCAUCCUGAGUCACCGGCCGUACACACCGCUCUGGCACCCAAAUUGGUUUGUAAACGCCUGGAGGAAAACCACAUACAGUCCCCCUCACUUUUGCCAACAAGGGGGUUGGUUCCAUCCAUCUUCAUGUUUGCAGAUAUUACCAACAAACCCAUCCUAGGCUCUGAGCCCUAACUUGUGUAUGGGGCUCCAUAGGCGAGCGCCCUUCAGCAUCCACAGUCAAAAAAUUUAAAAUAAAGGGAAUGGUGGAUAAUUGAGUUGCUGGGGAGAAUAUGAACUCCCCCUUUUUAUUUUUUGAAAAUAUUGCUUGAGGGUCUGAUUGGCUCUUUCCACGAUUGCUUGACCCAUUGGGUUAUACAGGAUGUCUGUUUUAUGGGAAAUUUCAUAGAAUGAACAAAAGGAUAAAAAAGAUUUUGCUGAUAUAUGCUGGGUCAUUAUCUGUCUUAAUAACCUCAGGUUUGCCCAUAUAGGCAAAAGCAGAUAGGCAGUGUGCAAUGGCAUCUUUCGCUCGUUCUCCCGAAUGCAAGGAUGUGAAAGUUACUCCUGAAAAGGUGUCUACUGACACAUGGACAAACUUGUGUCCCUGCGGUGGGCAGGUGUGUAACAUCCAUCUGCCCAAUGGGUCCCCCGUUUACACUGUGGGCACUUUCCUGGUCUGACAGCUCCAAGAGAGCUGUGGACAAUUUUUUUUAUAUAUGUUUAGGGCACCACAGUUAAAGUAGGUUUCAUCCCCAGUUGUCCGGGGUCCUCGCCCUGGCAGCGGCAAUCACCUGGCCCUAAAUCAAGUGCCCAUCAAUAUCCCGGCAGAUCUGGAUGUACUCAUUUAAGCUUUUUAGCCUUUGUGGCCGCAAGGCUUCCUUACAGUAUUUAUUUGCAUUCUCAAAUGCCAGCUGCUUAACUAUGGGCAUAGCUGUGGUCACAUCACCAAACAAUUUCCCGGCCAACUGCAAUAGCCUAUCUACAUAGUCCUGAAAUGGUGCUGAAGGCCCUUGUCAAACUUUGGACAGCUGAUCCCCGGCAGGCCUGUUUGGCAGGGCUUUCCAACCUUUGGUAGCCGCAGCGGCAGGAUGGAGCACAAUUUGAUCGGCCAAGUCAGCAUAAGCUCCUGCUCCAGUUAGCAUGUCUAGAUUGCACUGUGCCAGUCCCGCUUGAGCAUUUAACCUAGCCGUUUGUAAACAAUUUUCUUGAUAUUCUCCCCUCCAUAAUAAGUAAUCUCCUCCCGAUAGCACUGCAUGGCAUAGCUGCUGCCAAUCGCUAGGUGUAAGAUUCUACCAUGACAAGAGUAAAGGGGCCUGAGCGCCGUAGGCCGCCAUGGCCUCUUUCAACUGCUUCAUCUCCUUAAAGCUCAAGGCCACAUGUUGUCUCAGCAUCUGUCCUGGAUUGUUAGGAUCAGGUACCUCUAUGACCCUCGAGGUACCUGAAUUCAGUAAAAUCGCAGCGGAUUCAAACCACUGUCUUGUGAGUUGUGUCUGUCAUCGCCAACCUCGUGC